AGCAGCAUCGCCGUUGACCUCGGCUUUUGCUCUACCUCGUGCUGCAAGAACUAUAGUGAGCUGCGUGGAUUUUCUGUAGACGAAACUCGCCUUCUUACAAUCAGUGUGCUACUUUCGCGAACGGACUUGUUCAAUAUGGCCCAACAUUCAGCUGAAACACUUGUUCUGAAGCUACCUCAUCCAUACCUAACCUCGUAUGACAUUACGAACAAAGCUGCCGCUGGACAGUUGAAGCGGUUCCAAAUCUCUCUCUCUGCAGAGCAGUCGAAAACGAAUGGGGCCCCUCCACCGGUGACGCUUCACCACGACAGCCUCUCAUUCAGCGACAUAGCCUUCCUGGAGGGAACCUCAAUUCCAGCCAAAGGCGACAACAGUUCAUGGGCAAGAGCUCGACGAGCACCCUACACAACGAUCGCCUGGUCUGGAGACAGACCCUCUGUUGCACAACUUUGGCUAACUGCCUACGCUCUGAUUUCGCAACAUCCCUUCGUCGAAAACAUUCGCGUUUUGUUCUCUGGAAACGAUGCUAUAUCUCUUGCAACAGAACUCUAUGCGACCGGCCUUUUCCACCCGCAUCCACGGGGCUCAAGUACAUCGUCCCCACACGACGGUGAUUUACUGCUGCGGAGUACCUUCUGGCAAGGAGCUGCGUCUCCAUUCGGUGCCCGUCCCGUAUGGGCGCCGCUUCUUGAUGCUCACAACAAGCCGAUAGCAGCAGAAUACCCGCCCUUUCCUUUCCAAACCGCACCAAGCACGGUGUUCCCCGCUCUUCCACGGCACACUAUGCAUCCUGUACGCCGGCCUAAACCUGCUCCUGGAUCUGUCAUCUAUAGCCGCUGGAUUCCCCAUCUACAGGAGCAUUUUACGAUGAUUGCACUGGACUACACAAAUGACGAGCAUCUGCGUCUGUUCAAUAUAUGGCAGAAUGACCCACGUGUGGCUGCAGGUUGGAACGAAACCGGGACGCUAGACCAGCAUCGCGAGUACCUACGAAAGCUGCACGAAGACCCACACGUGGUGACCAUGUUUGCAGCUUUCGAUGAUGUGCUGUUCGCUUAUUUCGAAGUCUACUGGGCCAUGGAGGACCACAUGGGUGCACACUUCCUCGCGUCGCCCUAUGACCGUGGCCGACAUUCACUGGUUGGCGACGUCAGAUUCAGGGGACCUUACCGAGUCUCUGCUUGGUGGUCUGGACUUAUGCACUACAUGUUCCUGGAUGAGCCACGUACCUGGAACCUUGUGGGCGAGCCGGCGCAAACCAGCAGCACGGUUCUCGCUUACGACUUCGUCCACGGCUUCCACGUCGAGAAACUGAUCGACUUGCCGCACAAGCGAAGUGCAUUGAUGAUGGUCAACAGAGAGAAGUUCUUUGCACUCAGUCCAUUUGUAUGGGAUGGUGAGAAGAAGGUUCGUCCUAGCCUGGACGCUCUUGCAAAGUUGUAAUUACAUUCAAUAUCCGGGCGUGAUCCAGCCAAAUUCAGCCGCACCAGUAUGCACUCCAUAGAGUCACAGUGGAUUGACACGAAUAUGGAUGUAGGCAUGCGCAC